UACACACAGUCACACAGUGCUCCUCACAUUACACUCCAACACUCUUUCUUCUUUGUUCCUUCUUCUCCCAUUAGUCCUUUUCCUUUCUCUCUUCCUUAAAACAAAUCUCUCUCUUUCCCCAUCACUACACUCCAUAAACACACACCAGUCCUCAUUUCUUGUUUUUCUUCUUCCCAAGCCAAGUCCUUUUCAUUCAUAUAACAAACAAAUCUCUCUGCAAAUAUGGAUCUCUAACUUAAUUCCAAGAUCCCCCCUUUUCUUUCAUCACCAUCACAAAUCUCUCUGCUUAUUAAAAUAUGUAUCUUUACUACUCGACCCUUUUAUUCCUCAAGAAAAUGCAUACACUAUUCUCUCUGCACAUGCCAUUCUUCUUAUUGCAUCAACAUUGACAAAUCUCUGCAAAAAUUACAUCUUUAACUGUUUCAACGGUCACCCACAAUAGUUUUUAUCACCAUUCUUCUUCUUCUUUCAACAAUAUAACACUUCCAAGAUUACCCCUUGCUUCCCUUAAGAAAUGCACACAGUCAAUCAGUAGAUUCCAUAACCCCACCAGUCUCUAUUCCUCACAAAUCUCUGUAAUAUUCAUCCUUUAAACUCUUCCAACAUUACCCCUGACAGUCACAUAGUGGACUCCACACUCCCACCAGUAACCAUUGUUGUUUGUCACUUGUUCUCCUUUUCCUGCAAAUAUGCAUGGUUAACUCUUCCAAGAUUACACCUUUACUCAAGAAAUGCCUCCAGAAAACCCAUUCUCACCUCCCCUAACACCCCUUCCUGUCUUUCCCACCACCUACCUCCCACCCCCACCACCCUCUUCCCACCAUCACCAUUCUCACUCUCCUCUCAUCCCACCCUUCAUUGCUGCUUCUUUUGCCUUGACUUUCUUCAUUGUUGCUGCCAUCAUUUACCGCAAAGUGUCACGCAACAGGACUGUUCCUGCAGAUCUGAAGUCACCUCCACCACCCCACAAGUUCACCUACUCUGUCCUCCGCCGUGCUACUGGGUCAUUUACAGCUUCUAAUCGUCUUGGCCAAGGUGGAUUCGGGUCUGUUUACAAAGGUGUCCUUCCAUCUGGACAGGAGGUAGCCGUGAAGCUCAUGGAUGCUUCGGGCUCCCUCCAAGGCGAGAGGGAGUUUCAUAAUGAACUCACUCUCGCUUCGAGGAUAGACACUACGUCUUGCCAUCACGUAGUGCCUAUCCUCGGGUUCUCGUCCGAUGAACAUAGUUAUAAACACCACUGUUCUAGUCGGAGGAGAAGAUUAGUUCUGGUAUAUGAGUAUAUGCAUAAUGGGAGCCUCCAAGAUGCUUUGUUAGAUCGAAAAUGUCCCGAGUUAAUGCAAUGGAGAAAGAGAUUUGAUAUUAUAAGUUCCAUUGCAAAGGGUGUUGAGUAUCUUCAUUAUUCGUGUGAUCCUCCUAUAGUACAUGGAGAUAUCAAGCCGUCUAAUAUAUUGUUGGAUUACCAUUUUGAUGCAAAAAUAGCUGACUUUGGCCUAGCACAGUCUUUGACUAAAGAUGAUCAAGUUGUUGAGUCUUUCAUUGAAGAUGAGGAAAGAGUUGAAAAGGGGGCAAAAGGAGAUGUUUUUGAGAAUGUGGAGGAAAAUGGGUCGAUUCUUGAAGGAAAUGACAGUGUGGUCACAGAUGAGGUUGUGAUCAAUGUGGAUCAGUUGCCGGAGAGUUGUUGUGUGAGGGUGUUGGAUGGGGAAGCGGGAGUGGUGUCACCUGAGGUGGGAGUUCCAUCAGAGGGGAUGGAAAAGACUAGUGUUUCCGAGGUUUUUUUUGACGCGGCUAGUGUGGAUAGUGGAAUUUCGAAAGGGAUUGGGAGGGGAACUAGUCAAUCAGGCAGAGAUUGGUGGUGGAAACAGGACAAUGUGAAUGGUGGAUCAGAUUCUGGAAGGAUCAAGGACUAUGUGAUGGAAUGGAUUGGUAGUGAAAUCAGAAAAGAGAGGCCUAAGAAGGAUUGGAUCGCGACCACGAGUGCAGCAGAAGACAUUGCCAAAGGGGGGCAACAGAAGCAAAGAAAGAAACUUGAAUGGUGGGCAUCUUUGGAUGAGGAGAGAAUGAGGAGAGAAAAGAAGAAUAGGAAGCCAAGAGAAUGGUGGAAGGAAGAGUUCUGUGAGGAGUUGGCCAAGAAAAAGAAGAAAAGGGAUCUCAAAAGUGGAGAAAUGUGGUGGCAAAGGGAUGAAGAGGUAGCGCCUGAAAGAAAGAGGAGCAAAAGCAAGGGAAGUAGGAGCAGCAUUGAUUGGUGGCUCGACAGUUUCAGUGGCGAGUUUCGGAUUGGAAGACGAAGUAGUCAAGAUUUUGCCAGUGGAGAUAUUCCCAAGAGUGGUGGUGUGAGUAGUACCCCUAGUAUGAGAGGAACAGUUUGUUAUAUCGCUCCAGAGUAUGGCGGUGGAGGUCAGCUCUCAGAGAAAUGCGAUGUGUACAGUUUUGGCGUUUUGUUAUUGGUUUUGGUCUCAGGGAGAAGGCCACUCCAAGUUACAGCUUCUCCAAUGUCAGAAUUUGAGAGGGCUAAUCUGGUUUCAUGGGCUAGGCAGCUUGCUCAUUCAGGCAAGCUUUUGGAUCUUGUUGAUCCCAAUAUUCAACUACUGGAUAGAGAACAAGCAUUGCUUUGCAUCACAAUUGCACUACUCUGUUUACAGAGAUCACCUAACAAGCGCCCUACAAUGAAAGAGAUUGUUGGGAUGCUUUGUGGUGACUCUGAGCCACCCCACUUGCCGUUUGAGUUUUCCCCUUCACCACCCUCCAGUUUCCCUUUCAAGUCACGGAAAAAGGCCCGGUGAGUUCAUGAGUGCUCGAUUUACCAUUUCACUGUUCAUUGUAAUCUUCAUGUAUUAUUGUGUAGAAAUUGUUAGAAGAAAAGCAUAAUGUCAUAAUUUUCGUAUCA